CGUUGCUGUUUGCUUGUUUAUAAACUGCGCGCAAUAUGUUAAUCUUGUUCGGUUCCAGCGCGUUGGUGUCUAUUGAAAUCAAACAAACAUAUUGAAAUUCGAAACUGUCACAGAUAUUACUAACCAGCACAAUUGAGUCCCGGUACCAUUGCAAUUGAGCUCCGUGAGAGCCGGGUGGAGAGCGGAGGAUAGAGCGGCCUCUAUAAAUAUGGUUGUGCGUCGGCUUUUCCGCUCAGUACGUGACUACAGCAAGACCGUUCGACGAGCAGCGAUAGUGACUGAAGUGGCGCAACCAGCAACCGGCACUGGUCGACCCAAGGACGACAUUCGACGUGGGCCAAGGCCCGCUAAACAGCUCACAGUCACAUCUCACAUUAACAUUAAAAUGCCAAAUAACAAGCUCCUAUCGAGUGCUGCAGUAAAGCAGCAGAAGCAGCAGCUGCAGAGCCGUACCCUGGAUGAGCUGGUCUUCGAUCCCAAGGGGCAGCACUGCCACAACAAUGGCAAUGCAACGGACGGCAAGGAUGUCAAUGCCGAAUUUGAGGAGGCCAUCAAGCAGCUAAACUUUCUGCAGUCGAACGAUGUGGCCAUACGCAACUCUAUGGAAAAUCCCAGGGUGAACACCAAGGCGGAUACUCUCAAAUAUAUGGAGCGCAGCGGCCUAUCACUGAACACCCUCGAGCAGGUCUCAUUCAUCCAUGUGGCGGGCACCAAGGGCAAGGGCUCCACUUGUGCUCUCACCGAAUGCCUGCUGCGCCAGCACGGAGUGCACACUGGAUUCUUCAGCUCGCCGCAUAUUGUGUGCACCAAUGAGCGGAUACGGAUCGAUGGCCAGCCACUGGCCAAGGAGAAGUUCACGAAACAGUUCUGGAAGGUCUACAAGCGGCUGCAGGAGCGGCAGGAGCACGAGCUGGACAUGCCCGCCUACUUCAAGUUCCUCACGAUUCUCGCCUUUCACGUGUUCGUCGAGGAGCGCGUGGACGUUGCCGUGCUGGAGGUGGGCAUCGGCGGGGAGCAUGACUGCACCAACAUUGUGCGCAAUGUCCGCACCGUGGGCAUCGCUUCGCUGGGCCUGGAGCAUACCGAUCUGCUGGGCAACACGUUGCCGGAGAUUGCCUGGCAGAAGGCGGGCGUCAUCAAGCCGGGCGCACACGUCUACACGCAUGUCAGCCAGCCGGAGUGCCUGCAGGUGAUCCGGCAGCGGGCGCAGGAGAAGCAGGCCAUCCUGCACGAGGUGCCGCCCACACAGGACUACUUCCAGUCGAACAAGUAUGCCCGGCACUGGGACAGCUUCAGCAAUGUCGUCCACCUCAACGGCUCCCUGGCCAUUCAACUGGCCAGCGACUGGCUGCGGCAGACCAGCGGACCCCACCACCGCGACUACACCCUCAACGAAGCAAAGCUCGAGCCGAAGAUGCUGCUGGGACUGCUGAAUGCCCACUGGCCUGGCCGCUGUCAGCUGGUGGAGUACCAGGGCCUGCGCCUGCAUCUAGACGGCGCCCACACCAUGGAGAGCAUGACCGUGUGCACGGAUUGGUUUGCCAAGAGCAUCAGCAAGAGUACCAGUCCCAAAAUUCUCAUCUUCAAUCGCACUGGCGGCUCGGUUUGCGGACCCAUGCUGAACCUGCUGAAUCGCUGCUGUGCCUUCGACAUGGUCUGCUUUGUGCCCAAUUUGGCCACCUCGAAUCCGAACGUACCCAGCCAGGUGAUAGUUCGCUUCAGUGCCCAGCAGCAGCUGAUGCGCGCCAACGAUAUUGCUACCCAAUGGACACAGAUGUGCGCCAAGGAGAAGCAGCCCGAUCGCGGUCAGGUGUACAGCACCCUAACGGACGCCUUUACCGCCGUUCGGAAGCGCUAUGCCACGGAUAACGGCCAGAUAGAGGUGCUCGUCACGGGCUCCAUUCAUUUGCUGGGCGCCGCCAUUUCGGCUCUAAGCUGCAUGGAUCAGUCGUAGACCAGCCACAGCCUGUGAACGACAAAAGAGAGCAUAUCAUUGAGCAUUGUGCAUUCAUUCUCGAUGAAACGAUUGACAAUGGGAUCCCUUGAUCCCUUGCACCUCGCAUGUUGCUACUAGAGAAUAGAAUACACUUCCCUACAGAUCUGUAGACAAUAAUCGUGAAACAUCAAGUGAAAGCAAAAUUGUAACCUAUUUACCCCCAUUCCUAUAACCCUAAAGAAUAAUUAUAAAACUAUCACUUUAAAAGUGAAUAAAAUUAGUCUCGAAUCGUACAAAAAUCAUCUGUUAAGGGUGGAAAUACAGAGCAGCGGUUGUCUUAAGACUCUGCUUAAUUUACAUUUGGCAGAAGGGAAAAGCCUUUGCCGAUCCACUGAUCGA